CGAGUAAGCAACAAGUGGGUAUUGGUGUAACAGUGUGCUCUGGACCCCUUCAACGUCUUCCCGGAAAAUGUCCCUGUACACAUCACACAAUCCUGUCUUCGCAACUUUCAGCUUCUACGCUGCUUUGCUGAUAAUUAAGACUCUGUUCGUGGCUUUCCUUACUGGUUGGACAAGAUUCCGUAAGCAUGUAAGCCACCAUCCAACCUUUCUCUGUAGAUUUAAAUAUUACUAACAUCAAUUCGCUUAAUCCUGCAAGGCAUUUCAAAACCCAGAGGAUUGCAAUAAGAUGAACAGGGGUAAAGUAAAAAUUGACGAAGAUGUCGAACGAGUACGACGGUAAAGAUUUUCCAUUUACUCCUCAUGUCAAAUGUUUUAAGGAUCUUUUUGUUUUCAAUUUAAAGAGCCCAUUUAAAUGAUUUGGAGAAUAUCCUUCCAUUUCUAAGCCUUGCGCUGCUCUACAUUGGGACAGGCCCGACUUUAGGCACUGCCAAAUUUUUAUUCCGAACAUUCACGGCUGCUAGAUUCUCCCAUACUUUCGUAUAUGCGGUUGUUGUUACCCCACAGCCAGCCAGAGCUUUGAGUUAUAUUGUUGGGCAACUUGUCAACUUGUACCUGAUUUACGCCAUUCUAACCAGUUAUGCUUCUUCUUUUUAACACGAUGCUCUCUGCAAAGUCGUAUUGAUGCACAGCCAUCUGUGUAAUCUAACUGAAUAUAGCAGACUUGUCUAGCAAUUUCAUUGGAUUUACUCAAGUAUAGAUAUUAAAAUAGAUUUCGAAGCGCAUUACAAAUUUUUUGUGCAUUAGAAAACAAAUAAUACAUACUAAUUUUUAAAAUGUAUUGUAUUAAUGCUUACUUGAAUAUUUGGUGUGGAGCGCACGUGAAUUCACGUUUUAGAAGUAAAGGAAACUUGCGAUAAGAUAGGCUUUAAAGAUAUAAGAGCAGUAUUUAUCUAAAUAGUAUGUGGGUUACGGACUUACGGUAAUUUAUCAUUUUAGAAAAAUCUUAAGAUAAUUUCUAGCGGUCUCAACCCGCGGGCUAUCUAUCGAAGGACCUCCAAACACGGCAAUGUCUCAAAGCGUAAAGUCUAUAACGCCGUGGCCCGUAGGACAUCUUCAGACAGAAAAGUGCUGAGUAAUAAGCAACAGGUGGGUAGUUACGUGCUCUUAAAAAGUGUUGGAAAUUUGUUGUAGUAAGCCUAUUUUUCAAAUUAAUAAUUUAUUAUUAACCAAUAUGUGUUUGUUUAAAUUGCAGAAAAGUCUACUUCCAGCAAUCGUCCUUGAAAAUGUCGCUGUACACUUCGGACAAUCCCGUCUUUGCCUCUUUCAGCUUCUAUGCUGCUUUGCUGGGAGCAAAGACACUAUUGAUGGCCCUCCUUACUGCCCGUCAGAGACUCCGUAAGAUGGCAUUUGCUAACCCAGAGGACGCCAAGAUGAACAAGGGGGGUAAAAUCAAAACUGAUGAUGACGUCGAACGAGUACGACGAGCUCACUUGAAUGACUUGGAGAAUAUCCUGCCAUUCCUCACCAUUGCAUUCGUCUACGUUGGAACUGGCCCGUCUUUGGGUUGUGCCAAAUUUUUAUUCCGUUUAUUCACUGCUGCCAGGUUCAUGCACACUUUGGUCUAUGCGGUCUUUGUCAUCCCACAACCCGCAAGAGCUUUAGCUUUUUUCGGUGGCAUGAUGGCCAAUUUGUACAUGAUCUACGCCAUUGUGACUACUUAUGCUUCAGGAUUUUAAGGAGAUUUUCAAUCGCUGCUCUACUAUUGUGUGAUUGGUGUAGAAACUAUACUGCCACUUAAUGCAAUACAAAUACGAGACUUGUUUUCUCCGAUUUCAAA